GGCCGGUGGCGUUUUUUCCAUUGGCGACUCGCUUCCUUGAAGCUCCGCUCGAGACGCAUGGGCGGCUCCGAGCCAUGGCGGAAGAGGCGCUGGGGACGCUGUCCAAGGAGCUUUUGAGAUGCCAUUUGGCGGACCUCGACUCCUUCCUGGCCACCAACCGGCAGCUGCAGUUGCCAUCGCUGCCUUCCGUGCCCCUCGCGGAGCUGGAGGUCCAAGAUCCAGGACCAGCGACCUUGUCACCUAUCGCCACAGCGAAUAUUCUGGAGGCUCAGCUGCAGAAUGUGGAGUAUGUCCUGGCAGAUUUGCAAUCGGGCUUGCCAGAGAACGAGCGCAUCGAGCGUGGCCUCCCCGGUACGAGGCAGACACAAAUGACGCGCCGGACGCGAUGGAUGUGUUGGCCGCGCUUCCUCCGGGCACCCUGGAGGCACUGGCAGGCCGCUCUGUGCCGGACCCGCCCCGCCCGGGCACGCUCCACUUCACGAAGCCGGAGCCGGCUCCGCCAGCUCCGCCCCGGAGCACUUCACGGCCCGGCCAAGUGGCGCCAGGCGAGAGGGUGGUAUUCCCUGGCCUGUUGAUCGCGCAGACCGAGGAUGGCGCGAGGCAAAUCCACGCCAGCGAGCCCAGCUUUGGCAUCUUUGACUUGGAGAGGGAGCGGUACUUCAAAGCUUGGAGUGCCACGGCAAAAAAGACGAGGCUGUGGAAGCGGCAGAAGCGCGAAGAGAACUGCAGGCGGUGGCUGGGGAAGAAGGCGCGGGCGCAGGCCUUUUGGCAGCUGCUACAGGGCCUUGGCACGCUUGAAUCCUUCCGCCCGGUGACGGAUCCCGCUCGUUUAGUCCGGGGAGACAGAGUGCGAGUGGGGAGGCGGGAGGCGCAGUUCCUCUCCUGCACUGACAAAGGCGUGUGCAAAGUGAUCUUCGACGAAGCGGCAGAGGCCCAGAUAGUGGCCACGAGGGACGUGUACAAGAUUGAGUAUCUGCCCCAUCCCUACACUGCUGCUUUGGCAUUCCUGGUGUGGUCCCAGUGGGCGCAGACCGAGCUUCAGCUGGCAGUGGCCAGGCUGCGCUCCGAGCUGGCGUAUCACCGUGCCAUCGGCAAGAUUGGUAGAGCUCUGCUGGCCAUGACGACCUUCACGGAUCGCAUGCUCGGGGUGAAGCUCUCGCUGCGGCGCUGGCGCGGCUUCGUGGCAGCCAAGGAGUUGGAGAAGAGCCGACGCCUGCAGCUCCGACAGGCCUUCAGGGCAUGGUUCGAAAUCCUGGUCAUGGUAAAGCACAACAAUGCUCUGGACCAACUGGACCAAACCUAUGCCGAGCUGCAGGAGACCCGGUCACAGUACCUCAAGGCUGGGAUGCGCUCGGAGAAGAUGAAGGUGAUCAUGGACCAGCUCUUCCUCAUGGACCUAGACCUCUGGGGAAGCUGGGUGCUGUCAGCCUGGCGCUGGGCGGUUCGCCUGGGCCGCGCCUCGGACGACUUCGCCCUUCAGGCGCGGCUGAAGCGUGCGGAGCAAGCGCUGAAGCUCACAGAUGCAAUGGCCAAGGUCAGCAUCGACUUUGCGAAGCCCCACUUCCAUGCCUGGAUCACCAUGGUUCGCCAUGACCGGCGCCGGAAGAUUCUGGCGGCACGGUGGAUCUACGGGGUGGGCUCCGAUACACUGGGGAAGGUCUUCAAUGCCUGGCGGGAUCUGAAGUAUUCGGAGUUCGAGGCGGUGUCGCGGCAGCUGCAGCGCAAAGAACAGGAAUUCCGGGAGCUGCAUGCGCUGUCCUCUCAGCUCUACCUCUUCUCGCAGCAGGCCACCGGCCGCGUCCAGCGCAUGGAGUCGGCCCUGGGCGCGGCGGACAGGGCCCUCGCCACCAGCGCCCAGCGCGGGGAGGAGCUCCAGCGCGAGGCGCUGGAGCUCCAGCAGCGGCUGCUGCAGCAGCAGCAGAGCUCCGCGCUUCAGCGCCAGCAGUAUGAAUUUCAGAUGAACCGCAGGUCCGAGGCGGAGUUCGCAGCGCAGGAGGCGCAGAACCUGCGGCUGCAGGCGGAGCUUCGAGCCUCCGAGGACCAGCAGGUGCACCUUCACCAGCAGAUGGGGGACUUCCGUGCCGAGUCCGAAGAGCUGCUCAGAAGGCAGCUGGAGCAGUGCCUUGCGGAGGCGGAAGAACUGCAGCGCGCGGAGCGCGCGGAGGCGCUCUGCGGGCGGUCGGCGGAAGAGGGCGCCGCCUUCCACGCCGAGGAGGCCGCGGCUGCGCGGCUGCGCGCCGCGGAGAGCGAGGCGGAGGCGCAGCGCUGGCGGCAGAGGGGCGAGGCAGCAGCGCAGAGGGCGCGCACGCUGCAGCAAGAGCUUCCGCAUCAUCUUCAGGAUGAAGCUGCCACUCUGCCGAGACCAGAGGCGCGAGCCGUGCCCACGGAGACAGUUCAACCGCCGGCCGCUAGCGCGGAAAUUCCAAGAGAGGAGCGACGCAAUGAGGCAGAGGAGGAGGAGGAGGAGGAUGAGGAGGAGGGCUACACCAUGGAGGAAUGGAUGGAGUUUUUUGAGGAGGAAGGUUUGUCCUCCGAGUACCUUGAAGCGAUGGAGAAGAUCUUUAAGCGCCUGAAUCUGGCGGGUCAUGUGCCGGUGGAGGUCUUGAACCGAUGCCUCGAGGACCCAGCCGUGGAGUUGCGGCGCAGCGUUCGACGGGGCCUGCUGGACUUCCUGCACGACGUGGAGGAGGAGGUGGAAUGGCAGACUGGAAGAUCCCCUUCUGUGCUUUUGGAGGAGGAUGGAGGCAAAGGAGAUCCGCCAUGGCGGACCUGUCAACUGGAGAUCGGCUUUCCGGUCUGGAAGAGCGUUUCGGUGCGGUCGGUGUAUUUCUUCAUCGUCCACUACAAUUCGAUCCUCAGCACCAAUGUCAAGACUAUCGGCGACGGCUUUUGCUCCAUCGCCCUGCGGAUUCCCGAGGGGGCCUCCGUCUCGCGGGUUCUGUACAUCAAUCAGAAUCAGUUCGGGCCCAACAUCGUCAAGCAGGCGAUCGAGGGCUACACUGAUGCCUGCCGAGUCACCUUUCUUUCGGCGGCUCUGCGCGGCACUGCCGCGGACAUCCUGGUGCUGGGUGUGCGGGAGAUCUACCAGUAUGGCUGGGCGGCUGAUCCUAUGCUGGAGAAGGUGCUGCUAAUUGGCGACGCCCCGGCGGCAGAGAUCAACUUCCAGCUGCUGCGGGAGCUCCAAGAGAGGCGAGCGCGGGAGGAGCGCGACAGGCUGAAGCAGAUUGCUGCAGAAGAAGAGAGGCGUGUUUGCGAGAGGCAAGAGGCGGAGGAGGCCCGGCAAGCUGCUCAGCGUGAGGCUGAGCAUCUGCAGCAGGUGGUGGAUGCCAUGGAGGAUCCCGUGGAUGUUGAAGAGGCCAAGAGGGCAGUUCAGUACUGGACGUGCGAUGGCAUCUACCUCUCAGCCCGACAUUUGUUCGCCAUGGCAGCAGGGCCAUCCGAGUGGCAGACCUUGGUGCCUGCAUGUCUGCUGAAGGAUGGCGGUGCCACGGCGGAGUGCCAGACGCUGCUGCCCAUGAAGCUGGCAGAGCAAGAAGCGGAGCGCGUGGAGCAGGGGGAAGCUGUGUGGCUCCACGUCUACGACCUCACCGACAACUUCCAUGUGCCGGUGCUGAACAGCGCUCUGCGCACUGCGCACUGCGGGCUCUUCCACGCUGGGGUAGAGGUGUUUGGUCGCGAGUUCAGUUUCGGCGCGGGUCGCAGCAGCGGGGUCUACUCCUGCGCUCCAAAAGGUCACACGGGGCACCCGUACAGGGAGUCCCUGCUUUUGGGCUUCACCACCAUGUCCAAGCAGGAGGUGAAGCAGCUGCUGCGAGAAAUGAAGCAGGAGUGGCGCGGGAGCAGCUAUCGCCUUCUGAGCCGCAAUUGCGUCCACUUCUGCUCCGCUCUUGGGUUGACUCUCGGCCCAAGAGAACCAAUGAUCAACGGGCCGGGGAUUUUUGCGAGCUCACCCAAAGUUUGCGCGCCUGGGCGUGGUGGAAGUGCCCAGCUGGGUCUUUGGCAUGGCCGACCGCGCGCAGCAGCUGGUGAGCGACAUUGCCGCCAGCGCUGCGGCGGUGGGCCGCAGCUUGGCCCAGAGUUCGCUUUGAGUCGCCGGCCAAAGGCGAUCUCUGCUGGUGCGAUAGGCCUGGCCACUUUCGACUGCUGCCAGCUGUUGGAUGAGCCCGGGAUGCAGGUCUCUCAGGAGCAGCCACGAACCGAGCCGAUCGCGCCCCGCGCCGCUUUACCGGCCACGGCCCGCUUUGAGCAAACGGACUGUCACUUGCGCGAGGCCCCUAGAAAACUGCCGAUCUCAAAUUGCGCCAUGGCGCCGAAUGUACAGCUGGAAUUCGCUCGCAUGUUCCGGCGCCUGUAGGAGUGUACAGUGUGGUCUUCUUUGGUCCAGGGGCGUUUGGAACCGGGUUGUGGGAAGUGUUCAAUUCUGUG